CACACGCACAGUUCACAGAAGCGCACAUUUGCAUUGCGCUGGCGUACACAUUGUUAUUGUGUUAAUUGUGUACACUUGUAAGGACAAACGCUUUGAACAGCAUGAGGAAAAACAACCUGAUUCUCAUAUACUGAUGGUCGCCUCUGGAUUUUUAAAGUGUAACCCGCACAAUUAAGGCAGACCACAGAUAACUGCAGCUAUGUAAAUUGCUCGCGCACGGGAUCGGAAUUGUCUCGCGGAGAAACACAAGGAUCUCAUUUAUCACAAAACAUGACGAUACAGCGGACGUACAGAUUAUAACCUUUGCUCAGCCCCAGAUGCCUCCACUUCCUCUUGACGAGCGCAUAGUGGUAAUUCAGCGCCCAAAAAGUUUGGCCUUGCGCGUGGCCUCCCCACCAACCACAUCACAGUCUUCCUCACACCGCCCAGCCACUCACAACGAGCCUCCACGCCGCCUACCACAACCCCAAUCCCCACCACCCCGUUCCCAUCCAGGUUCCAAGUACCUGUCCCUGGAAUGCAAGGGCAAACAAUCAUCCUAUGUUCAAAGAGAUAAAGGAGAACAAUGUGCUCCCUUUGAGGGCAGAAGGCACAAUGCUAGCCAUUGUCACAGCAAUGGGACAGUAACUUUAGGUCCCAGACCUCGCAAGCACACGCAUACCAUUGACAUUAAAGUGUCUUUGGACAACAGUGGAAGAGGAGGAUCUUACAUAGACAAAGGCCGUAGCAGUCUUACCCGAAGUGGAAGCAUCAAGGUGAACAGAACUAAACGGGUGUCCCUGCAAUUGGAUCCAGGGCAAGGUGAAAGGAAAUGCAAAGGAAAGUCUUCCGAAUCAGUGGAGAAGCACCAGAACCAUCAUCAGAGUCAAAACAGGACUCAAAACAGUAGCCAUCAUCCAAGCCAACUUAAAGUCUCUCCUGGAGGGAUCUUGGAAUUUGUACCAGCGCAAAGACAACAGUCAAAAUCCAAGCCAACAAGAGAGAGAGACUUGUCCUCAAAGUCUUGCUCUGCAACUGCCAGCUACCCUCUGCACAGCGAGAGGAACGUAUCAUCUGUGGGAAACAAAGAGAACUCCAAACUGGGACCCGGCCACCAACUGCCACAGGCCCACAGUCUAUCCCGUCACCACAGUUCAGCCCCAUUACCCCAUGCUGCUAUCCUAAACCCUCACUAUCCUGCUGUACCACCCUCACUCCCUUCCCAAGCCCCUUCCUCCUACCAGCACAUCAGUCAACCCCGUCCCUCACACACUAGAGAACAUCGUCCCCAAAUUCUUCACACAUUGCCUCUCUCCCCUACUUCCUCCCAAGGAGGCUUCCCGAGUCCUGACCACACAUGUACAAUUGACUUUUCCCACCCAUGUGGCUGUUGGAGAUCGGUGCGUUGUAGAAGAGGUAAAGGUCACUCGGCCGGCUGCCACGGUCAUAGUACAAGCCCAUCCUCUUCAUUUUCUCACACCCAAGGAACAAGUGCUGCCAGUAGAGGUGGCGGAACCAUGGGAUUGAAAACUUUAGGAGGGUGUCUGUCAACUGCUUCCACCACCAACACCUCCUCUUCCAACAGCACUGUCUCAGACUGUCGCACAGGGCUGUUCAGACCUUUGGGUUGUGCAUCCUGUUCUGGAGAAGCUGGAGGUUUUGAGAGCCCUGCUGGUUUCCGUAAGAAACUGGUUGGGGGUUGUUUACCUUGUACUCCCCUGUCGUCAUCUGCACCUCUUCGAGCAUUCCAGAGUUGCGUCAGUGGGUGCAAUCCCAAAGCAAGCCAAACUGGCAGCUCCACAUGCAGUUACUGCAGUAGUGACCCCAUUGUAGUGACCUUUAACCCACACAGAGGAAAUCCUCCCAACAUGGGGCGUAAUAUUGGUGCACAUACCAUGGGAGGAUACCAACCUGAUGAUGACGAUUACAGUGUACGCACAAUUUGGCCAGAGGAGCUAGCAAAGAAGAUGACUCGCUCUAAAACCCAAUCUAUCCACCACAAUACAAGUAUUGGAAUGGGCUCAGGGAGAACCUGCAUGGGCCACAACCAGAAUAGUGGCAAUGGUGGCAAUCCUGUAAUCCUUGACUGCCGGAACCUAAUGGAGUUCACUCGUUCCCAGUUGACAGAUCAGGCAGGACGACGGAGGCUCCAGCAAGGCAAGAUGGCAGUUUUGGACUUUAUCGGAUCAGGGAAUAGUGGGGACCAGGGUAGAGAUUCCCUCAAGCGGCUUUGGAACAAAGGAGCAGAUGCUUGCAUGGGGGAUGGCAACGGGUUUGAUGACGAAGUGCUUCCACAAUCCCCAUCCCUUCGCUCUCCAUCUCCAGAUUCCCCUACAUCAUUCUCACCCCCUCCUCUGCUCCUAGCACGCUUAAUAAGCCCAAACCCAAACAGCGAGAAAGGGAGGUUGGACACACCUUACCAUCUACACAGUCGCUUCAUUUGGUCCUCAACUCACUCAACAGAGACAAGAUGA